AUGGCCCAACAACCCGAAGAGGUGAGCUUGCUUGAUUUACCAACAUCAUCGACGACGAAUAAUAUUUCCAGUGGCAGUCAUCCAUCAUCUAGGAAAUUGCAUGAAAAAAUUGGAGGAGAAGAUUCAAAUAAUACCAUGCAAUAUGACCCGAGAGCGGGGAGGAAUCAAACAAAGCCUUCGGAGGCAUCCAUUAAAAUUUCAGGAUAUGAAACGAUGAGUGAAUUAUAUCAAAGGCUUCGGAAGAGCGAUGCUUUAUAUUAUAGUCUUGCUGGAAUUUUCAGUGGGUUAUGCACGUCAACAGCAACACAACCACUGGAUACUGUCAAGACCCGAAUUCAAGUAUUUGACAGAAUGAAUUUAAAGUUUCCAAAUCAUGCAAGCACCUCGCUACAGUCGACACGAGGCUUUGUGAACGCUUUUCGUAAUUCUAAAACAUUUGGAAUGCUUGUGAAUAUUUACAAGACUGAGGGGUGGAAGGCAUUGUACAGAGGAUUACCUCCAUCACUUCUCUCAUCAUGCAUUUCUCACAGUCUGUUCUUCCCUAUUUAUGAAUUAUGUAGAAAUAAUUUUUCAAAACAAUUUGGAGUUAAACCAUGGCACAUGUCUGUGAUUGUACCUUCAGUUUUGACAGCAUGGGCAUUCUCUGCCGUUCUAGUGUCUCCCAUAUCGCUUGUUAAAGUUAGACUUCAAACAGCUUCAACUAUUGCAAUGUAUAAUUCCGAAACUGUACCAACCACCGUUUCACAAGUUGUUCGCAGCAUUUACAAGUCUGAGGGCUUGCUUGGAUUUUAUGCUGGUUUUCGAGGUGUUGCCAUUGGUGCUUCCGUAUUUUGCCUCUAUUUUUCACUCUAUGAACCAUUGAAACUGUAUUGUAUUGGUACAUUGGGUUUACCAUACCUAGUGGUGGUACCAAUUUUAUCGCCUCUCACAAUGAUUGCUGUCUCAACGGUAACUUAUCCCAACGACCUUAUUAUUAGUAAUCUUCAAUUUCAAGGAAAAAAGCAAGGAGCACAACAUUUCAAUGGAUGGUUGGAUGCAUUUAAAUCAAUUUACAAAAGUGGAGGCGUAAGAGGCCUGUACGCUGGCUUAAAUACCUACUUGAUACGAUUUUGUCUAGGAACAAUUGUUACACAAACGGCAUAUGAGUCAAUUUUAAGAGUCAUGAACAAACGAUAA